AUGAACUUCUUUGAUAAGAAGAGAGAUUUGGAGACAUUUCAAGAUGGCGAUCAAAUCGCAGGAGUGGAUGACACGGAACAAGGUUACUUAGAGGAAGCCUUUGAUCAGGACUACGAACCUGAAGAUGCAGAUGAACGUGAUUUUAACCUACGUGGACAAUUCAAUGAUAUUGAUGACUCCGAAAGAAAUGAGCUCUUGGCAGAUGCAGACAAUGAUGUCAAUGAUAUGCCAGAACUCACUGUCAGAUUCCAAGGGGAUGAUGACUAUGAAUCAGAUGACGCCGAUUCGGGUGAUGAAGGCGAUAAAGAGGAAGAACCUAUUAUGGCCGAUUUGGAUCACCAUCAAGAAAAUGUCAAUAGAGGAACCAAUGAUAUUGGAAGCCUUGUUACUGAUCUGGAGGAUCUACAAGAACCGCCAGAAGAAGAGAUUGUAUUUGAGCCUGAAAUGCCUCAAGUAGCAAAAGUCACUCGAUCUGGGCAAACGUAUGCGCAAGCUACAAUGUCAGGGCUGAACCUUUCUCAAGUUCCAAAGAAAGCAAGAGAAUGGUCUUCAAGCAGGAGUGGCAGUUCUGCCAAUAAGAACAAGAAUUGA